GUUACGACUCUAUGAAUUACUACCUCCAUGCUGCGUUGCGACAUUCAUGUCGGUCAGCGCUGAGGCCGCAUACAAUAAUUGCAAAGACUCAGUAUUUACGAGUACCUAGCAGAAUAUCCUUGCGAUCGACCAGAGGUUAUUCGACGGGGUCCGGCCCCUCAACUUCUUCAUCGUCUUCACAACAAAAUGCCUCACGAGCACAAUAUGCUGCGCGCAAGCAGGAACUUUACGCUCGAAGAAACAGGAGUCUGCUCAUGUACACCUCCGCUGUGAUUGUCAUGGGCAUCGGCGUGACAUAUGCUGCAGUUCCUCUGUAUCGUAUGUUCUGUGCUGCCACCGGUUUUGCCGGUACACCCAAGGUCGGCAUGGGCAAAUACGAAGCCGAACGACUGGUUCCUGUUGAAGACGCCGGGCGAAUCAAAGUUCACUUCAAUGCAGAUACCUCUGACGCACUUCCCUGGACAUUCACUCCGCAACAGAAGUUUGUCAGUGUGCUGCCUGGGGAGACUAGUUUGGCGUUCUACAAGGCUAGGAAUGAUUCUAAACAAGACGUUAUUGGUAUCGCCACCUAUAACGUAACACCGGAUCGAAUAGCACCCUACUUUUCCAAAGUAGAGUGUUUCUGCUUCGAGGAACAGAAGCUUCUUGCAGGAGAAGAGGUUGAUAUGCCGCUUCUGUUCUUCAUCGACAAAGAUGUUCUGGAGGAUCCUGCAUGCCGAAAUUUGGACGACGUUGUCCUAUCAUAUACCUUCUUCAAAGCACGGCGAAACGCACAAGGACACCUAGAGCCGGACGCUUCGGAUGCGGUUGUCCAAGCUUCUCAGGGAUUCGGUGACUACGAGUUAGCUCCUAGAGCUGAGGAUCGCAACAAGGUUGAGGUAACUAGUACCCAGCCGUAAUCUAGUAGAAUCAUGUAAUAUAUUGCUCUUCUGUGACACUUCAUACUCAUCACUCCAAGAUGACAUGCUUCAAAAUUUGAAGGGGUGAAUAGAUUGAUAGAAUAAGCAUUACUAUUUCAUAGG